AUGUCCAAUCCAGCGGACUUUGAGCUCGUCAAAGGCAUUUCUAUCACAGACGAGCUGAAGCUGGUCCACGCCUCGUUCAACAUCAUGUGUAACAGCCAGUACUUGCCACCUCUGCCCCCAUCGCUCCACCUGUUUCAAUCAAGGCAGAUACAGCUUCUUGCGAGCACAUUGCUCAACGCGCUUUUUCUGGCUAUGCCUUCAACCAGCCCGGCGAGGGCUUGUCUGAGUGUUCUUGCGACUUUGAUUAUCUCCAACUCCGACGCCGUCGACCGCAUGAGGCCCCUCGUCGAGGCAGCGAUUCCAUAUAGGCCGGAUACAACACUCGUCUGGAACCUCGUAUUUCAACAGGUCACCGAGAUCUCGAAGCCUACUCCUUCCCAACCAGUUGACACUUUGCUUGAGGCGCCAGAACGCGCCCCGACUGUGCCUCACGGCCCACCUAAUACAAAACAUGGCGAAUCGGAGCAAGACACCCAGCGGCUGCGAGACCAUUUUCAGAACGAGACCUUCAAAGAGAUCCAGGGAUGCACAUAUUCGGAUGUAGAAGGGUUCUUUGAGAGAUUCUUUGAGGGAAAAGACUGGACGGAUCGUGCCCUGGAUCUCUACGAAAAGCUGAAGGUCCUACAUAUCAACAACGUGUGGGUUCGCCUCGGCGUAUCGCCUGGCGUAGCUCGGAUGAAGAGAUGGUUGGACUCAAUGCAAGGCCAUCUUCACGAAGAGGAACACAGUCGAUACUGGGAGGUAACUCUCCCGAACGAGCUUACUGAAGGCGUCGAAAGAAACCGGUUCGAUCUGUGCGUCAAACGAAAGUGUGGAGAGCCGUCGGUUGCGACGAUUGAGUGGAAAGAUCUCACGGUGAUUGGCCAACUUACUGCUGAGGGAGCUUUCAAGAAGCGGUUGGUGCAGCUCGCCUGCUAUGCCAAACAUCUAUUUGACUUUCAACCGACGCGCCGCUACCUUCACGCAUUCACCAUCUGUGGGAGUACGAUGGAGACGUGGGUCUUUGACCGCUCGGGAUGCUAUGGCCCAGGCGCAUUCGAUAUCCACCAACACCCGGAACGAUUCAUUCGGGUGAUGGCAGGGUACAUCAUGAUGAGUGCCGAAGAUCUGGGCCUCGACACGUUUAUACAGCAAGAUGGAGAUACCCGCUUCAUAAACAUCGAGGGGCAUGGAGGUGAAGAGAAGAGGCUGGACUUAUGUCCGACGCCCCUCAACCGUCGGCUAGCCAUUGUAUCCCGCGCGACAUCGUGCGUUCUUGCGAAGCAUGCAGACUCGGAUGACUAUGACCAUGUCGUCAAGUUUUCUUGGCCCUUGAGUGAACAGAAAGAAGUCCAUCUUCUCCAAAAAGCUGGGCAAAGGGGUGUCGAAGGCAUAAUCAGACUGGUAGCUCACUACGAAAUCACGGACAUCGACGACAUGCGCAGAGGCAUGACGUUCGGGAAACGUUACACAUUUGACGAUACUGCCAGCGGCAUGCCUUUCUUCUCACAAGCACCUCCACCAAAACGGUGUCGGCGUAGCAAGCGCAAUAGAACAUCAGAUGCUCCAGCUAGCCGACCACUCCAGCGAUACCAGUCGCCUUUUGAGAUGUUGACGGCGAUUCGGGAUGCGAUCAAGGCGCAUCAAUCGCUAUACUGCAAGGGAAAGAUGCUCCACCGCGAUAUAUCGGAAAACAACAUCAUCAUAACCGACGCAAAGAAGACUGGCUUCUCGGGCAUGUUGAUUGACUUUGAUCUUGUCGAGGAGCUUGACAAGGGGCCGGUCAACCCCGAAGUUCGUACGGGUACCAUACAGUUUAUGGCCAUUCGGGUGCUUCGUAGUAUCGAGCACACUUACCGGCAGGAUCUGGAGUCGUUCUUCUACGUUUUACUCUGGCAGUGCAUCGUGCGCGGGUGGGAGUUUGUGGGCAGAAGGAACCCUGCUGUCGUCAGUGAGCUUCAUGGUUGGCGCGCCGCCAAGUCUUUUGGGCAUAUGGCGAGGAACAAGCAAUCCAACAUGGACAAGGAGUGUUUUGACGAUGUCUUGGGAGAAUUUCCGGCCGAGUUUGAGGGUCUCAAGCCGCUCUGUCGGACUCUGCGAUCGAUCUUGUUCCCGAUCAAGAAUGGUGCCCUGUUUACUGGGACGCCGUCGGAUCCGAAUACUUUGUACGGAUCAAUCCUCGAGGCUUUUGAUGAGGUUAUUGCGAAUGGGCAAAAGGGGAGGGAGAAGGAGAGAGUAAUAUUGCUCAGAGAGGCCACUCUUGACCUUUGA